CUCGGACAUAACGCUUAUAAGCAGGAAAACGUGGGAGAUUGGCAUAGAAACAUCUGCAACAACGAAGAUCCAGUGAAUGGGUUCGCGUAAACCCACGUUAAGGUAAACGUACCUUUUGCCAUUACGUAGCGAUAGGUUUUCCGUUUGCCGCCUGUAAGUUUAAAGCCGAUUCGUGAAGUCGGUCGUUGGGAUUCGCUGGGAGAACGCUAACUUCUGCGCCAGUGUCGACGAGGUAGCGAACUCUCGUUGUCACAUCUGUGACGUAUAACAGACGGCUAUGUUCGCCGGCUACGGUUGCCGUUAACGCGUGCCGGCUUGGAAGUUUCCCGAGUUGUUUUUCGAGUCAAUCGGUUUUGAGUUGGGAAAAUUGCAGGGUUUUCUGCAAUUUCUGGAAGACUUUUCAUACUGGUUAUGAUACCAGCACCAGUCGGGGUUAUCCGUCUCUCGUGGUCUAGAGACAGAUCGCUUACGUGAAGUGCUUCUACGUGGGGUGUGUGAUCGCUUACGGUCGUUACGAAAGCUAAGAUAACGCGUAAGUGUAUGACAUAACUCGGUUAUGUCAUUCUGAGUCGUUUGAGGCUUUUCUUUGACUGAAAAAACCUCGGUAGUAGAAGAUUUCGUAAUUUCUAAGAUACGAUUGGCAGAUGUACCCAGCUCGUCUAAGGCGUUGUUCUGAAACGAGACCAGGACUGCUUGCACCUGUUGGGGAAGUUUAGACAAGAAAAGUUGUUUGAAUAGGCAUUCGUCGAAAGUUCUUAGGCCUAUAACCUCUCUCAUCCUUUGCAACAUGUCCGUCGCAGAACUGUGUUGCAGGUCUAUGUUAUUAAAGAGUUGGUCUAACCUUUGUCGAUCGGUUAGGUCUCCUCGUUUAAGAAUGGAACGCUUUAAGGUUUCGUACGGUUCAGAAACAUCACUAGUAAACAUACUAGGUGUUACGUACCUGUUGAAUUCUCGCGGUAGUGCCUUGACCACUGCGAGGAACUGUGCACGUGUGUCGUUCACGCCGUGCUCGUGGGAGUCGGCUUCUGCGUAGCAGAACCAGGCUUCGAUAUUGUCGGGUCAGAAGGGCGUGAGUUGGAACGAGGGUGGGGACAUAGUCUUAAUCUUAAAUACUUUGGGGGUCUGUUCAGUCAUAGGGGAAAAUUAAGUACGAGGAUACACGAGUGGAAAAUAUAUAGAUAUCCAAAAACGCGGGAAAAAAAUAUCACAAUGUAUAAAAAAUUAAAAUAAACCAAUGAUAUAUAGAAUCCCAAAAUGGGACAGACUCACAGUUUACGAUUUGGUGUGCCAGAUCACGUCGGGCUCACCAAUGAAGAUGGCACAGGUAUUCAGUGUUUGACAACGCUUUUACCAGUAACACCUUCUAUUAUAACUGGUACCCACCAAGAGAAAUCAAAAGACAGAAUCGAGGAGAUCAGAAGUUGUAUUUGACGAUUGCCAAUAUAUCGGAAUUGUCUGAUCUAGUCUGGCUAGCGAUUGCAGUAGAUGUUGAGCAUGGCGUUCUCACACGUGAUCUGGUGCGGAUGCAUGACCGAGCGCCUUCAGCUAGGUGAGUCUACUAAAACUAAUCUGGUCAGCAUCCAAUGUCGAAAACUUACAGAGCUAUUUAUUUUGGGGAUUUAUUUACCGCUACAAUGCGUUCAUACGCCACUUGUUUCCUCAGGAUACUGUAGCCCACAUGCACCAUUGGUUUGGAAUCAGGGUCUCCCAACUGCAAUAGGUGAACUUUUCGUGACUGUAGAUUACCCUUGUGCUAAUGAUCAGUCAGUCAGCUACAACGUAGGACCAGGUACAUAUAUGCAUCGGUCCAAGUUGCCAUACAUCAUUAACACAACAAGAUGGACACCGGAUUCAUAAAAGUAGCUAAUUCAGAGGUGGUAAUAUAUAAAAGAAAGAUUACAAUAAGGAUAUGGUACAGCAAGAAAGAAUUAGUUCGUAGAAAGAAAGAUAUGAAGCAAUUUAAGGGAAGGCAGAGAGUGUAAACACCUGCGCCAUUUUGGUCGAUUCUGAGCCAUGUCACCCAGAGUCUCCGACUACUCAUUACGAUAGUUGCGUGGACCCCAACCAAGUAGUCUGCAUCUACCAACAUGGCUCGGACCACAAGUUAGUGACUUCAAGCACUGAUGCCACGUUUUGGUUUGGCCGCCCCUAACUUUCUUCCAACCAUCCCGAACACCGGUCAGCAUUGCACGUCGUGGUAAUCGGUGUCCGGGCAUACGUAACACGUGGCCCAACCAUCUCAGUCGAUGAAGAUUCACAACCUCAUCGACUGAUUUACCAUCCUUCCCAAAUACCCUGCGUUUAACCGCACCAUUACUUACCCGGUGAUCCCAGCAGACGCCAGCAAUAUUUCUAAGGCAUCUGUGGCCAAAUACUAAUAGCUUACGAGUGUCUUCUACUCUUAAUGGCCAUGUUGCGCUGCCGUAAAUUAAAACAGAACGGACUGCCGCGCAGCAUACUCGUCCUUUUAUUGAUAGACGGAUAUCUCGCCUUCGCCAUAGGUGACGUAAGUUGGUAAAAGCCAAGCGAGCUUUUCGAAUCCGUGCUGAGAUUUCGUCAGACACCAACCCAUUAGGGCUGAUCAGACUUCCAAGAUAAGUGAAGUUGCCAACACGUUCGACUACUUCACUCCCUAUCCUCAGUUUAGGUGUUGACGCAGACCAGUCCUGAAGCAACAACUUGCAUUUAGAGAGAGAGAGAAGCGCAUUCCAAACAUUCUGGCAUUGCUGCUCAGUGCUACCAAAAGACUCUACAUUCUAUCAGCGUCUUCACCAAACAGGACUAUGUCAUCCGCGUAUUCUAAGUCGAUAAGUGGACCUCCUGGAAGGAGAUCAAUACCCGAGAAUUCAGUAGACGAGAAAGUUAUUUCCAUCAAUAGGUCUAUGAUGAAGUUAAACAAAAAUGGGGAAAGUGAACAGCCUUGACGGACACCACUUGAGGUUGCAAAAGCAGAUGACAGUUCGCCAUAAGCUCUGACUCGACUAGUAGUGUUCGAGUAAAGAGCCUUUACAAGGUUUAUGUACUUCUGUGGUACGUCUUUCAAUGGCAGACACUGCCACAGAAUCUCGCGGUCUACCGAGUCAAAUGCUGCUUUCAAGUCAAGAAAGACCUGUGUUCUAGAACCUGACGAAUGGUGAAUAUGUGGUCGAUGCAGCCACGACCAGGUCUGAAGCCAGCUUGAGUCUCUCGUGUUUACAGUUCACGAGUCUUAGUUAGGCGUCUGAUAAUUAUCGAGGCUAGUAUUUAAGAUACUAUAUUAGUUAAACUAAUCCCUCUAUGGUUGUCACAGGAUGAUUUUGACCCUCUCUUAUAUAUUGGGACGAUAAGUGAUUGUGACCAGUUAGAUGGGAUAAAGUCUAACUCCCAGAUCUUAGCUAAAAUAUUAGUCAACCUAAUCGCUAAAAUUGGACCACAAUCCUUGAAGACCUCUGGAGCCAAUCCAUCUGAACCAGCUACCCUUCCUCGUUUCAGAUUAACUAUAGCCUUUUGAACUUUGGCUAGGGUUGGGGGACCUACUUCAAUGUCCCAUUCACACUGUCUGGGAAUGACUGAUGGCAAUAUGGUCUAUUUGAGCCCAUCGUUGGUUUGGUGUAGGGGAUUGCCAUGUUAGACGAUGUCUCUCCGUAUGCUUAAAAUUUGUUUUUGCUAAAAAUAAACGAUUCUCUGAGCACAGUUGCAGCAGACGAUCACCAUUAUCUGUUCGCUGUGCCGGAAUACUAAAAUACCCACCUAAAUGCCUUUCUGUUUGAUUUAAGCUACCUAUCUGGGCAUUAAUGUCACCUGCUACGAGUACUCUGUCUGAAUGUUUAGCUUUCUGUAAAAUUCAUCUUUCACUUCAUCUGAGCUGCAGUCAGUGGGAGCGUAGGCAGAAACGACAAAAAGGCAACGACGUGUGUCCCUAUCCUUCCGAGUUCUUACUGAGCCGUUUAGCCGAACAGCACUUAAACGACUACUAACGGGGAUCCACUCUAAUAGUGCUUGUUCCGCCCUCAUGCUUAGUGCUAUGCCUACACCUACCAGUCCACGAGAACUGGCCAUCGGUUCACCAGAUACACGGAGGGUGUAUCUCGUUGGCUCUCCGUUUUGCCGAGGUGGGGUCAAGUGAAUGACCACACUGGAAUCCUGUAUGCGUGUUUCGGAGACACAGCACACAUCAAUGGAAAGAGACUCUAGGGUUUUAGCCAAGGAAGCCUGCUGACCGAUUUGACAUAGGGUGCGUACGUUGGAGGCUCCAAUGUGUAGUUUGGAGCGAGGUUUCAGUAGACCUGGGACAAUGUUUUGAGCACUAGAAUCGUUGGCUAUGGUGACAUUUGAGAAGGAAGCCGAAAGAAAAAGUUUAGCGUUGAAAGUCGAUGUAGGAGGAAUAACAGGAAUUGAAGAGGGAGGUUCAUUAUGAAUACAGUGAUCUUGAAUGCUGUUAGAGGUAUGAGGGCGGUUAUCACUUCCCGGUUGCCCACACCGAGGAAGGGUUCUUCUGGAGGUACCUGAAAAGGAAAUUGGAUUAGAGGUGGUCUUAGUGACCUGGGAGCAGUGCCCAAGUAACAACUGCUUGAGGUCGGUCACACACGACCUUUUUAUGGGUAAUUUUUGUGUUAGCUCCGUACUUAUUGAGACCUUACCGCCGGAGACGGACACCCAUGAGGUAAGGCGAGGUGUGCAUUUUUAGGGUCGACCUUUUCUAACCCCACCCCUUCUUGUGGGAAGGCAGCAUCGCCGUCAUGCUGGUUGUCUGAAGGAAACACCUUACUGCUGUCACACCUCUGUACAGUCAGCAGUAUGACUUCGCCUUCGGACCUUGGGUUUGUUGCUUUUAGUCUUACCGCUCUUCAACCGACCUGUCUGACAUGGUAGGACCUUGAGGAACAGUUGAUCCAGCCAGUAUAGCUCGGUUGCUUCAUCACGAUAGGCAAGCCCGACCACCACGUCAAGGUAGCAACAACGGUCGGGUUAAAACCGGGUCUCGUCAGGACAACCGACGAACAGGUUAUUUAUGUAUGAAAAUCGACAGCUCAGUGUCUUAUAUGUGACCAUUCAUAUAUUUCCUACAUUUCGACCAAACAGGGUCAUCUAUCUGCCAAAUUGCUUCCAAUAAUUGAUCGCUCGUAAGAAAAAAACUCAUGCUUCAGAACAAGAUGUGGAUGAAGUAAGACAGAAUACAUAGAUGAGGAAACAAGUAAUCAAAAGAUGAAGACCUAUUUCGCACUCAAACAUCAGAUAAGCUAGAUUACAACUGAAUUAACAGAACAUAUCAAUACAUUUAUUUUCAGGUCGACUCACUUCGUGAUAAUCAAUAGAUCGAAUUCCAAUAAACCACAACUCAGUCCCCUCACAGCUGACUAGUCAAUAGAAUGUCAAGAGGAAAACCUCUACUGGUAUCGUAAGGAUGAAAAUGUUGCAAUCGACAAAAGUAGAUGGUAUGCUAGCUCAGAUGCUUGAUUCAGAUAUAAACGUCGAUAGAGACCCGAAUCGCUUCAUGCUAACGCCUUCGACUACGACACUGAGUGGCGUAGGCUCGGACUCCACAAAGGACGUCCGUUCCCUCAAGAUUCCAGUCGCACCUUACUGAUGAGUGCCAGCCGGCACGAAACCUGGGUUCACUUUUUCUAGUCGAUUACCUCUGACCAACCAACAUGGUUCAGUCCGGUCACUAACAUCAGAUAAAAUCACGAUAUCAACCUAAUACAAUAUAAUUAUUUUAUCUCAUGUAACAAAUCAAGCAAAACAACACAAAUGAAUGACGCACUUUAGAAAAUGUUAUGGAAACUUCCAGGUUUAAACUUUCAUGAAGUGCACAGGUAGCUUCAGACAAUGCUUCGGUCGUGCUACUCAUUCAUUAGCUAACUAGGACAGCUGGUGAGGUUCGAAAGUAUUCUACAAAGGACACUUACAAGUUCAGUGAUGCAGUGUUGUGCUCGCAUUUUUGACUGAUUCACACGAUUUCUCAGUUGCCUAUUAUACGCGUUAGGAAAUCCAAAGUUUGAGUGCUGACCAAGCAUACACACUCAACUACCACGAUGACUUUGAAAAAAGCGAGAACAAUUAGGUCUACAGGACACAAUCAACCAACUUCCCCCUAUCUCUUCUCCUCAUCCACAAAUAAUUCCGUACACUGGUUACUUUCACCAACAUAUUUCGGCCCCAAUUCACUACUCUCUCCUCUCAGAUUCGCAAAGUUCUGUGUCACCACAACGAAAUUAGCAAUGUUUCGCAAACACGGGUUACCAUCAUUCUUUCUGGAUUGACUAACCAGCCAUGUUUUGGUAGCUAUUAUACUCUAAUAUAGGAUGUUCUGAUUCUAGGCCGAUUCUAAUUCACGAGAAGUGCUUGAUAUAUGCAAAUAAACGGGACCGAAUGAAAUGUGUCUUGGGUUAAUAAGGGAACUAGUACAUUUUGUCACGAAUUCCUCUGGCAUCUGUUUCAAUCUAUCUGUAACCCAGGGUCCAUCAUCAAAAGACUGGACGAAUGCUAUAGUAAGCCCUGUCUCUAAAAUAGGUACGAAACAUAAGCUCGAGGAAUAUCGACGCGUAAGCCUAUAGGCUAGUUAUAACUAGCGUAGUUGUCAAAAUUUUAGGUUGUCCAAUUAUCUCGAUGGAAACCGAAUUCUUUCUGAAAAGCAACAUGGCUUUAGAGUAAGUUAGUCCUGUCUCAUCAAUGUAUUAGUAGCCCGUGGAAGUUGGUGCACGCUUAAGUAUCAAAAGCUACGUAUAAACGUAGUCUAUAUUGACUUCAGCAAAGAUUUUGACAAAGUUUCUCACAAUCCGCUGUUAUGAGUUAAGUAAUAUCGGGGUUGGAGGCAAUUUAUUAAUUUGGAUAAAAGACUUUCUAGUUGGGCACCAACAAAGAGUACGGGUGAACUCCAAAUUGUCUAGCUGAGAAACUGUGCUUAGCGGAGCGUCUCAGGGUACAGUUUUGGAGUUAGUGUUGUUCCUCUUGUAUGUAACUGACAUUCCUCCUCUUCUAUCACCAUCGGUGUUGCUAUAUUCUGACGAUGUCAAGAUACGGAGAGCGACAAAAUGUAAAGUUGAUAGCUUUGGGCUUCAAAUGACUUGGAGAAAUUAUCUAACUGGUUUGAAAUUUGGCAGUUGAUGAUAGGUGCUUCCGAGUGCAUUGUAAUGCAUAUUGGUCACUAAGGUACGGAUACAUACACGGUGAAUAACAUUGAUUUACCUGUUGUCCAGACACGUGAUGACUUAGGAGUUAUCGUUAGACAAACGACUGCACACUACCGUGCAAUAAUCGUCAAAGAUUUUAGAAUCCUAUGUUCAAUACAUAGGGCCUUAAGCCAUGUAGAUGCUAAAAGCUUUUCGAAUUUGUGUACAGUGCUCGUUCGUCCUAUACUACAGUACCGCAUACGAGUAGCUAGUCCCUGCCUAAAAAGAGAUAACGAGCUGUUGAAAAAGGUGCCGAGAAUCGUGGCUUAGCUCAUUUCCGGAAUAACAAUGCUCCUGUGCGAUGCUCGACUGGCUAAACUAAACUUAAUUCCAUUGCCAUAUAGAAGAACCAGAGGCGAAUCGAUCACAAAUUUUAAAUUACCUAGUGAUAAAUCUGUAUCUGAUAUGCCCUUACUUUUCUUGACCUCAAAAAAAGAGAAUUUACGAGGACACUCUAAAACAGUCUACCAGCCUAGAACAAAUUACUUGUCAGCUGACUAUCGAAUUUCCCAUAGAAUCAUACCUCUGCACGUGAUUGAAAAUCCAUCUGUCGACACUCAAAAGAAAGUUGGAUCAACAGAGAGACCAUCAUUGCCAAGACUAAUACAGGACAUCCAGUCUUCUGUUGUUUCCAAAUUCAAACCAAAUAACACGCAGAUUCAUUUCGUCUUGAAAGCACGACUGUUCUCAUAGGAAGCUUCGUUAACUCACCGCAAAACUAGUUACAUGAAUGCGACAUGACUGCGCCAUUAACAUCUCGCACUAGUUGACUUCAAAUUGAAACUAGCGUAAGAAUACUAGGCCAGUACACCAGUUUACAAACAAUCUCACCUAUAUAUAUACACUGUCCCUCCCAUUCCACUUAUUGUAUACACAAACAUCACUUCUAGUUCAGUUUCGAGUAGGCAUCUCCGAACAACCUCACACCUCGUUUCGCGGAAUUCAAAGACACCCAGUCUGACCAGUUUUCCAAUCACACUUGAUGACGAAACUCUGGAAGAUGUAGAAUCAUUCACAUAUCUAGGAAGCAUCAUCGAUGAACGAGGAGGUGCAGAUGCAGACGUAAAGGUGAGGAUUGGUAAAGGAACGAAAGCAUUCCUACAAUUGAAUAACAUGUGCAACUCAAAACGACUGUCUGUCAGCAAAUAUCAAAGCCACAAUCUUCAAUACGAAUGUCAAAACAGUUAGUUCUACUGUACGGAGCUGAAACUUGGAGAACUACAACAACCACCAUCAAGAAGGUACAAGUAUUUAUAAAUAGUUGUCUACUCAAGAUACUCAACAUCCAUUGGCCGGAUACCAUCAGCAACAGCCUUCUCUGGGAGAGAACAAACCAACUUCCAGCUGAAGAGAAAUUCGGGAAAGACGAUGGAAAUGGAUAGGACACACAUUACGCAAAUCACCAAACUGCAUCACGAGGCAAGCCCUAACUUGGAAUCCUGAAGGGAAGCGGAAAAGAGGAAGGCCAAAGAACACAUUACGUCGGGAAAUAGGGGCAGAUAUGAAAAGGAUGAGUAACAAAUGAAAAGAGCUGGAAAGGAUUGUCCAAGACAGCAUUGGAUGGCGAGUGCUGGUGGGUGGCUUAUGUUCCUUCACGAGGAGUAACAGGCGUAAGUAAGUAGGUAAGCAGUUUGACCACUAACUAGAAGCCCAACGGUUGUUGCUACCUUGACGUGAUGGUCGAGCUUGCCUAUCGUGAUGAACCAAUCGAGCUAUACUGGCUGGAACAAUCGUUGUUCAAGAAUCUCGUACCAUUGAUGUAUGCUGCGUCUCCGAAACACGCAUACAGGAUCCUACUGUCGUCAUUCACUUGACCUUACCUAGCCAAAACGGAGAGGCAAAGAGAUACACCUUCCGUGUAUCUGGCGACCCGAUGGCUAGUUCUCGUGGACUGGCAGGUGUAAGCAUAGCAGUUAGUACGAGGACGGAACAAUCACUAAUAGAGUGGACCCCCAUUAACAAUCGUCUAUGUGUUGUUCGGCUAAAGGGUUUCGUAAAAAAUCGGAAGGAUAGGGACACACGCUCCCACUGACUGCAGCCCGAAUAAAGUGAAAAAUGACUUUUACAGAAAGCUUUUUAAACUUCUUCAUUAAGCUAAACGCCUAGACAUAGAACUCGAAGCAAGUGACUUUAAUGCAAAAGUAGGUAGCCUAAAUAAAUAAAAAAAUGGCAUGGGUAUUUUAGGAUCCCGCAACAGCCAUCAGAAAAUGGUGAUCGUUCACUGCAACACAGUCCAGACAAUCGUUUGUUUUCGGAUCACACUAAUUUUAGGGAUACUGAGAAACACAGUAUAAUGAGUCCAUUGCGCUAAUCGAUUUCCGUAAACUCAUCCCAUCACGCUCUGAACACGAUGAAGAGCGAAAACAAAUCAGAUCUAGGUUAACCAAAAGUCUAAGAAACGAUCGUGAGCAGUGGUGGACAACGAAAGCAAAAGAGAUGGAAAAGGCGAUGGCUGCAGGUAACACAAGGCAGCAUGUCAGACUAAUAAAAAAACUGGAAUUAAGAAGUCAGGUGUAAUUGAGACUAUCUUAGCAAAAGACGAUUC